AUGAAUGGCUUUGAGGAAGGUGUGGAGUUCCUGCCAGUCAACAAUACUGAGAAGGUGGAGAAGCGGGGCCCAAGACGCUGGGUGGUGCUAGUGGCUACAGUCACCUGCUUCUUCCUGCUUUCUGUUGUGAUUGGUGCCCUGGUGUGGCACUUCCAAUACUGGAAUGUGAGGGUCCAGAAGGUCUUCAAUGGCCACUUGAGGAUCAGAAAUGAGAACUUUGUGGAUGCCUAUGAGAACUCCAGUUCCACAGAGUUUGCACACAUGGCCAACAAGGUGAAGGAAGCGCUGAAGCUGUUAUACAGUGGAAUCCCGGCCCUGGGCCCCUACCACAAGGAGUCGGCAGUGACUGCCUUCAGCGAGGGCAGUGUCAUCGCCUACUACUGGUCUGAGUUCAGCAUCCCACAGCAUCUGGUGGAGGAGGCUGAGCGUGCCAUGGCAGAGGAACAUGUGGUCACACUACCACCCCGUGCUCGGGCACUCCAGUCCUUUGUGCUGACUUCUGUGGUGGCCUUCCCCACUGACCCCAGAACAGUGCAGACGACCCGGGACAACAGCUGCAGCUUUGCUCUGCAUGCCCAUGGAGGGGAGUGGACGCGGUUCACCACGCCUGGCUUCCCCGACAGCCCCUACCCGGCUCGCGCUCGCUGCCAGUGGGCCCUGCGGGGAGACGCCGACUCUGUGCUGAGCCUUACCUUCCGCAGCUUUGAUCUUGCACCUUGCGACGAGCGGGGCAGUGACCUGGUUACGGUGUAUGACAGCUUGAGUCCCAUGGAGCCCCAUGCUGUGGUGCAGCUGUGUGGCACCUACCCUCCCUCCUACAACCUGACCUUCCUCUCCUCCCAGAACGUCUUCCUUGUCACACUGAUCACCAACACUGAGAGACGACAUCCUGGCUUUGAGGCCACAUUCUUCCAGCUUCCCAAGAUGAGCAAGUGUGGAGGUUACUUACGUCAGGCCAAAGGGACAUUUAGCAGCCCCUAUUAUCCAGGCCACUACCCACCCAAUAUUGACUGCACGUGGAACAUCGAGGUGCCCAACAACCAGUACGUGAAGGUGCGCUUCAAACUUUUCUACCUGGUGGAGCCCAACAUGUCACCAGUCAUCUGCACCAAGGACUAUGUGGAAGUCAACGGGGAGAAGCACUGUGGAGAGAAGUCCCAGUUUGUUGUCACCAGCAACAGCAGCAAGAUCACAGUCCAUUUCCACUCAGACCAGUCCUACACUGACACAGGGUUCCUGGCAGAGUACCUCUCCUAUGACUCCAGUGACCCGUGCCCUGGCAUGUUCACCUGCAAGACAGGGCGGUGCAUCCGGAACACCCUGCGCUGCGAUGGCUGGGCUGACUGCACUGACUACAGUGACGAGCUCAACUGUGUGUGCAGUGCUUCUCAUCAAUUCACGUGCAAGAACAAGUUCUGCAAGCCCCUUUUCUGGGUCUGUGACAAUGUGAAUGACUGUGGAGACAACAGCGAUGAGCUGGGGUGCAGCUGUCCAGCCAAGACUUUCGAAUGUGGCAAUGGGAAGUGCCUCCCACUGAGCCAACAGUGUGACGGAAAGGACAACUGUGGAGAUGGGUCUGAUGAGGCCGAGUGUAACAAAGUAAGCACUGUCACUUGCACCCAGCACACCUAUCGCUGCCACAACGGGCUCUGCAUAAACAAGGGCAACCCUGAAUGUGAUGGGAAGAAGGACUGCAGUGAUGGCUCAGACGAGAAGGACUGUGCCUGUGGGCAGCGAUCGUUCAGCAGACAGUCACGUGUCGUUGGGGGCGAGAAUGCAGAUGAAGGUGAAUGGCCCUGGCAGGUGAGCCUGCAUGCCCUGGGCCAGGGCCAUAUCUGUGGGGCCUCCCUCAUCUCUCCCACCUGGCUGGUCUCUGCAGCACACUGCCUCGUCGAUGACAAAGGAUUCAGGUAUUCAGACCCUACCAUGUGGACAGCAUUCCUGGGCUUGCAUGACCAGAGCAAGCGUGAUGCCCCUGGGGUACAGGAGCAUAAGCUAAAGCGUAUUAUCCGCCAUCCCAGCUUCAACGACUUCACCUUUGACUAUGACCUGGCCCUUCUGGAGCUGGAGCAGCCGGCCAAGUACAGCAAUAUGGUGCGGCCCAUCUGCCUGCCUGACACCACUCAUGUCUUCCCUGUGGGCAAGGCUAUCUGGGUCACAGGCUGGGGGCACACCCAGGAAGGAGGUUCUGCUGCACUUAUCUUGCAGAAGGGUGAGAUCCGCAUCAUCAACCAGACCACCUGUGAAAGUCUAUUGCCACAGCAGCUCACUGCUCGCAUGAUGUGUGUGGGCUACCUCAGUGGGGGUGUGGACUCCUGCCAGGGUGACUCCGGGGGACCCCUGUCCAGUGUAGAAGCAGAUGGGCGCAUCUUCCAGGCUGGAGUGGUGAGCUGGGGUGAAGGCUGUGCACGGAGAGAUAAACCUGGUGUGUACACAAGGCUUUCACUGUUUCGGGACUGGAUCAAAGAACAGACUGGGGUGUAG